GAGAGAGAAAGAGAGAGAGAGAGAAAGAGAGAGAGAGAGAGAGAGUGAGAGAAAGAGAGAGAGAGAGAUAGCGAAUGAGUCUGAUAAGAGUGAAAGAGAGGGAGAAAAAGAGAGAGAAAGGUAUCGCGGAUUUACCACCGCUCGAAUAGAGAUUUAAUGUUUGUAAGGGCAAUAAUAUUGUAAAUUUUUCGAGUACACUGUAUUUGAAUGUGUAAGUUGCAUAAAAAAGACAGAUUUUUUAGAUAUUGCACUAUAAUAUUUAUUAUUCUAAGGUAAACGUCUACGGAGCCACGAUCGGCCGCGCGCUUUUCGUUUGGUUCGUGUGAUUUCUUAAGGAUCGAUUGAGAAAUUAAGAAAGAAAUUAAAGAAUUAAAGAAAAAGAAAAGAGAAAAAUAAGAAAAGAGAAACAAAAAAGAAAGAUCGACGAUCGAUCGAUUUGAUGGAUCGAUCUUUUUCUUUUUUUUCUUUUCUUCUUCUUUUUCUUCUUCUUCUUCUUCUUCUUCUUCAUCUUCUUCUUCUUCUUCUUAGUUUCUUUAUUCAAUUUGCGGAAGAACAAAUCCAAUUGUUCUUUCGCAUAUAUAAGGAAAAAAAUACUGAUCGAGUUAAGAUCACGCGGGCCUUACGAGCGCCGGAUUAUUUCGCGACGAUUAUAAAUUAACAUUAUUAAUGAAAUGAGAAUGAGAGCAAAACGAGAUAUGCAUCGUUCUUUCCAAUAAAAAAAAAAAAAAUAAAAAAAAAAAUAAAAAAAAAAAAAAAGUAAAUAAAUAAAAAAAAGAAUAUGAGGAAGCAACAUUUUUAGUGUUUACACUACGAUUGAUAAACGAUUCUAUUAUUACAUAAUAUUAUAUUAAUAACAAUAUUAUUACUGUAAUGUUUGUUUUUGGUUAUUAAAGUGUGUAUAUAGCAAUAUAUUCUAGAAAUGGUCCUCUAGUUCAUUCUCUUCUUAUAUUUUUACACUUUUUCUUUUUCUUUUUUUUUUCUUUUUUUUCUUUUUUUCUUUUCUUUUUCUCCCUAUUGAAAAAAUCAUUCACGAACUUUCAAUCAUAUUAUAUUAACAAAAGAUUUGAAUAAAAUAUGUAUUACAAGUGCAACAGAAAAGUAUUGUUCCCGUUAUGGCGUCUAUUGGCGCCUAUUGGUGUUAUAAAUUUAUAUAGCUUAUAUCCCUUUCACACAUAAUUCAACGAUUGGAUUAGUGCACGAUAGAAUUAUUUAUAUGUAGUAAUAAAUAGUAAUAAAUCUGACGAAAGUAAAAGAAGAAAAAAAAAAAAAGAAAAGAAAAGAAAAAAACCACAUACCAGAUUAUAUUUUUCUCAAGAUUAAUCCUAAUCUUGAAAAAGUAUUUGUUAAUUGGACAAACUUUAUAAUUUUUUCUUUUUUUUUUUUUUUUUUUUUUUUUUGUAUUCAAUUAUAUUUAUACGAAUAUCUAAAGCGUAAUUCAAGUAGCUCGUAAUUCGUUCGAUAAUAUUUGCAUCGAAUUAGAUUUCGAUAUAUAUCUCAAAUAAUAACAAACCAGAUCUCACCACGUGGAGAGGUUGCUGCUUAUGGUGAUCCACGGAUUGACAGUAUCUCUACUUUAAAAUCCACGUUCCGCAAUAUCAAUCCUCGAUAUCUUUUCACUUCGGAAGCUUCGGACUAACUGGAGAUGUGUGAGAUCCCACUUUCCGAAUAGCUCCCAUCGUCCGACAUCGUCAGUUUCAGAUAUAAUUGAAUUAUUAAGUACAACCGUUCGUGCUUUCUGAUUUUCGAACAAUAAAAAAUGUAGUUCAAGAAUAUGAUCAAUAACGGUAUUAUCAAAUCAGUUAAUAAAGGAAUGCAUGUAUUGUUACCAUUAGGAUUACGAGUAUUGAAUAAACUUACAGCUCUUAUUGAUAAAGAAAUGAUAAAUAUUGGAGCACAGAAAAUAUUAUUACCUUCUUUAACAUCAGUUAAAUUAUUAGAAAAGACUAAUAGAUAUGAAUCUGAUAAAAAUGAAUUAUUUAGUUUAACAGACAGAUAUAAAAAGAAAUAUAUUCUUAGUCCAACUUUUGAAGAAGCAAUAUGUAAUCUAAUACAUAAUCUUGGCCCUUUAUCUUCCAAAAUAUUACCCCUAAAAUUAUAUCAAAUUUCUAGUAAAUGGAGAGACGAAAUGAAACCACGUUUAGGUUUAUUACGUAGCAGAGAAUUUAUUAUGAAAGAUUUGUAUACCUUUAAUGUCAACUUAGAUGAUGCUAAAGAUACAUAUAAUAUUAUAUGCGAGGCUUAUGAUAAAAUUUUUAAUCAAAUUGGAAUAGAAUAUAUAAAAGCUAUAGGUGAUACAGGAUCCAUCGGUGGUUGUUUAUCUCAUGAGUAUCAAUAUUUAUCGGAAAUUGGAGAAGAUGUUAUUCUGUCGUGUCAAUCUUGCAACUAUUAUGUGAAUAAAAAUGUAUCUAAGCAAACUGAGUGUCCACGCUGUAGCAAAAAGUUACAAGCACAUAAUACUAUUGAGAUUGGACACACUUUCCUCUUGGAUACAAAGUAUUCAAAACCAUUAAAUGCAUUUUAUAUAGAUAAAACUAUAGAAAAACCUCUUGUAAUGGGAUGUUUUGGAAUUGGCUUAAGUCGUAUUAUGGCUGCAGCAGUUGAAAUUCUUUCAGUUAAUGAAGAAUUAAGGUGGCCUAAAAAUUUGGCACCUUUUACAGUUUGUAUCAUACCACCGAAGGAAGGAAGCAAAGAAGAAGCUGCAUCAUCUUAUAUCGAACAGAUAUACAAUAUUUUAUGUGAAUUAGGUAUAGACGCAAUACUUGAUGAUAGAACAGAUUUGACAAUAGGUAAACGUUUACUGUAUGUAAGAAACAUUGGAUAUCCUUAUGCUAUAAUCCUUGGUAAAUCUGUAAUAUCAAAAUCAACAUUUGAACUUUAUGAUGUUUAUAACAACAAAUAUCAUGAUGUAACUUUAGAGGGUAUAAGUGAUUAUUUUAUGAACAAUUACAUUAGAGAAUCUGAUAAUAAUAUGAACAAUGACAUUAGAGAAUCUGUCAAAAGAAAUUAGACCAUAGCAUUUUGAUAGAAAUUAUUUUUUAUAAUAAUUAUUAAUUAAUAAUACAUGUAUAAUACAAAAGAAGUAUUAAUUAUUUCAUAAAAAUUAGAGAGACAAUUUCUAUCUUAUAAUCAUACUACUAUGUCACGUAUUAGUUUAAUUGUACUUUUACUCUGUGGUAUGCAUUACAUAAGAAACCACGUAAAUUCCAAAUAUUUUUUACUGUUUCCGGUUGAACGUUAUAAGACGAAUCAACGGCUUUAGACCAAAUCUCUACUUCCUUUAAUUUUGUAUCAACAGGAAGAUUAAUACUCCAUAAUGUCCAACUCCAAUGUCGACCUUCUUUAGCAUUAAGAUCCUGUUUUAUGAGAUCAGCAGUAUGCCAAGUAUUACCUUUAUCACAUGUUACAUCAACUCUGAUUAUCUUCCGACCUCCACCUGACCAUGCAUAUCCUGUGAAAAUUAUUUAAAUAAUAAAAAACUCAUUCACAUUUUU